AUGAUUCAUGUUGCGAUUGCUUUUGCAGUUCUCGUUGUUGUUGGAAAAGCCCGCAUCCAAUUCGAGCACGAGUACGAGGGCGUUCAAGUGGUACCGAUACCAGAGGGAAAACUAAAGCGCGGAAGCGCGAAGCAGACUGGCGGCAUAUUCCAGUUCGGGUACCACCCAUGCCACUGCAUAUCGGGCGUCUGCUCCUGCUGCACCGGAAUUCUACUCGAUCUGCUCAAGGCCAAUGGCUGCAUGAAUCUCACGUACAUUCCGGAAGAAUUCGCCUUCGAACUCAAAAUGAUGAUCAAUGAUCGAGUUUUAUAUAAGAAUACUGUUACAGGUCGUAAUCCUCCACCAAUUUGUGUACGAGUCCCGAGACUGCAAUUCAUCCAGUUGUGCACAAAAUUCACAAAUGUGUACUUUAAGGGAAGAAAUCUUCAUUUAUGUGCUGAAAUGAAUGCUGAUUGGGAAGGCUUUGAUCUCUUCCAUCGAUCGUUUGACUGCGUUAUGAUAGGUGAUAAUGGAUUCCAUGUUCUUAAACCCGAAGACGGCGGUGUGCCACCAGGAUCGUCGCAGGGUCCUGAUUCCGAAAUUGAUCAAGGGGAUGAUGAAGAUGAAGAGUAUGACGAAAAUUUAGUUAGAAACUAUUUUGCGAUGUCCAGUUGGCUCAGAUAA